AAGUGAAGCUAAACAGUUUCCGGGCGGAGCCGGCGUGAUGGCGGCUGACACGCAGGUUUCGGAAACACUGAAGAGAUUUGCAGUGAAAGUGACCACCUCUAGUGUGAAGGAGCGCAGAGAAAUCCUCAGUGAACUUGGAAGAUGUAUUACUGGGAAAGAGAUGCUGCAUCACACCGAGCCCUUCAGACAGCUCUUCAGCAGCUGGCUGAAUGCCAACCAGAAGUGACUGCGAAGAACCUUCUGUGCUCCCUGCAAUCUUCAGGAAUCAGCAGCAAGUCCGGGGGAUCCAGCAAGAGCAGUGGAUCGGCUGCUUCGCUGGCUCUUUCGUGGACCUGUCUCCUCGUUCGCAUUGCCUUCCCGACACAAGACAAGAGGCAUGGAGAAACGUGGGAGAAACUGGUGGAAGUUCAGUGUUUCCUGCUGCUGGAGAUCCUGGGUGGCUCCCGCAAACCUGUGGUGAAUGGGGCUGUGAAGAAGUUGAACAGACUCUGGAAAGAGCAAUUUCUUGCUUACUGGCGUCUGUCACUCUCGAUCUCAGCCAGUAUGCUCUGGACAUCGUGAAAGGGUUAGCCAGCCAGUUGAAAUCCAACAGUGCUCACCUGAUGGACAAGGCCGUCAUUGCCCUAAAGAAUUUGGCUCUGCAGUGCAGUGACCCGUCCACCGUGGAGGCCUUUGGGAAGCACCUCUUCGCCAUUUUGGGAGUCCACGAAGGCACUCUGGUACAUGCCAUUUCCAUCCUUGCUCUCUGGUGCAGCCGAUUCGUCACGGAAGUCCCCAAAACGCUGGUGGAAUGGUUCAAGAAAGCAUUCAGCCUUAAGGCCUGCACGUCUGCUGUCAGGCAUGCCUAUCUCCAGUGUAUGCUGGCUUCCUUCAAAGGCAAUGUCCUCCUACAAGGUGCAGAGAUGCUGCCCUUACUGAUCCAGACCGUGGAGAAAGCAGGAGCUCAGAGCACCCAGAUUCCUCUGGUGACGGAAGGUGUCGCCGCAGCUUUGCUAAUGUGUAGACUUUCGGUAGCUGAUGCGCAAAUAGAAAACAAACUGAACAGCUUAUGGCAGCUUAUAUUGGAUGAGAAAAAACAGAUCUUCACUUCUGAGAAAUUCCUGCAGUCUGCUUCAGAGGAAGUCAUGUGUACAGUUCUGCAGCUGACCGAACGCCUUCUCUUAGACCACGAAUGUCGGCUACCUGGAGCUAAAAUCCAGCAGUAUUACAAAGCCUUGACCGCCGUCCUCCUCAGCCGUUCCUGGAGCGUCCGGAGGCUCGCUCAGCAGACUGUGAGGAAACUCCUCUCUUUGCCAAGAGGAUUCAAGUUAGCCUGUGGGCUCUUAGAAGAGCUAAAAGUGGUCCUCGUUUCACACAAGGUGCUCCCCCCUGAGGCCUUGGUAACCGAAUCUGGAGAGUUGUCGGAACAGGGCAAAACGUACAUCCCUCCGCGCAUCCUCCAGGAAGCCUUGUGCGUCAUCGCCUGUGGGCCAGGGAUGGAAGGAGAGCCGGAGGAGAAGGAAAAGCUGGUCUUGGAAAUGCUGCUCGUCAGCAGUCAUCCUUCUUUGGUCGCCAGACAACCUGGCCUUUGGCCUGCCCUCCUGAUCAAGAUGAAGCUGGACCCUGUUGACUUCAUCACCAAGCAUCUGGAAAAAAUCUUUGACCGCAUCAUCGUCCCUCAGAGCCCAAUGAAUCAG